AUGGCCCAUGUUAGUCAAUCCGAAACACAUCAAAAUGAUACCAAUGUCGAUGCAAUCACAGUGAAUGGGACUGAUUCGGGGGCUCAAUUGGAUGACAUUACAGACGUUGAUGAUGUGUAUAAUGCGAUUGUUUAUGGUGGAAACCAUGAACUGGACCUGUUUGAAGAUGAUGAAGGCGAGUCAUCCCAAAAUGUCGGUGAACGUGGAUUAGUGCCCGAACAGGAGACACCAAAUGGGAGCUCUGUAUACGUACCUAUUGAUGUACCUGCAGAAUUAAAACCUGUAUUAGGUUCUAUUUGGGGUUCCGUUGAGGCUGCCUACGAGAUGUAUCAAAAAUAUGCAGAGAAUGCAGGAUUUGUUGUACGAAAAGCAUCAACUAAGCAUAGGCGGAGAGGAGGUGAGAUGACUCAUAAGUAUUUUCUAUGCAAUAAAGCUGGUACAUCUAAGACGAAACACGCGGCUGACACCUUAGAUGUAGAUGGGACAAAAAAACCACGGUCUGUUCGUAGAAACUCUAACUACAAGGUAACAGAUUGCAAAGCACGCCUUAAGAUAUCAAAGAUAAAAGGAUCAGAAAGUUUCUGUGUAUAUGGCUUUGAUGAAAAGCAUAACCAUCCGCUUGGUGAUGAGCACAACAAGCAUUUGUCUCGGGCCCGAAGGCAACUGACAUUUGAGGACCAACUUUUCAUUCAAACUGUAUCUACAAACAACAUAGGUGCAACAAAGGCUUAUAGGUUGCGCGCAACAAUGAAAGGUGGGUAUGAAAAUGUCCGUGGUACUGUGGUGGAUUACAAGAACUUCAAGAGGGACAUAAACAUGUAUAUCGGUGAUAGGGAUGCACAAAUGUUGGUGGACAAGUUUAAAAAUUGGGCUCAGUGUUUACCUGAGUUUUCAUUUGAUUUCAAGGCUAAAAACAACGAGUUGAGUUCCCUUUUUUGGGCUGAUGAAACAUCGAAAUGCAAUUACAAGGAGUUUGGCGACGUGAUUGCGUUUGAUGCCACCUAUAGGACUAACAAGUACAAUAUGGUUUUUGUCCCGUUCACAGGUGUUGACAACCAUAACAGAUGUGUCACAUUUGGGGCUGGUUUAUUGAAGAAGGAAGACAUUCCAUCUUAUUCGUGGUUGCUACAAGCCUUCCUAAAGGCUCACAAAAACCAACCCCAAUUGGUAUUGACAGAUCAAGAUCCAUCAGUUAAAGAAGCAGUUAAAGUUGAGAUGCCAAACUCACAACACCGACUAUGUAUGUGGCACAUUAUGAAGAAGUUACCACUUAAGGUAUGUGGAGAUAUACUUGACAACACUAACUUCCGACAGCGCCUCCACAAAAUAGUUUGGAACAUUUAUUUAAAACCAGAGGAGUUUGUGAACAGAUGGAACUCAUUGAUGAAAGAAUUUGAUUUACAAGACAAUAAAUGGUUGUCUAGGAUGUUCAAGCUAAUGAAACGAUGGAUUCCAGCUUAUUUUAUAGAUAUGCCACUAUCAUGUGUCAUGAAGACAACAUCUCGGUCGGAGAGUUCAAAUGCAUUCUUUCAGAUAUUCACGCACUACAAACACACUCUUGUCCAGUUUAGUUUAUGUUUUGAGACUGCAAUGGAGAAGCAAAGACAUGCACAAAGAGUUCUCGAUGAACAUACAACCACAACAUUCCCGACCUUGGUGACUCCUAAUCCAAUUGAGAGCGAACCUGAUAAGUUGUCCGAUUUUGUUUCCAAGAUUAACAAGUUAACCGAUGAAACAUUGUCAACUCUUCCUCAAGAACCUGAAGAGGUUUUAAUUCUCCCGCCCAGUCCGGCUAAAAACAAGGGAUCAGGAACCCACCCCGGUAAAAGAAUUCCUGCUCCAGGUGAGAAGCAUGCGAAGAAACGCCCACGCCAAAUGCGUGAAUGCAACUACUGUCAUCAACUCCAAGAUAACCAUGAUCAACGCAAUUGCCCCGACAAAAAAGCAAAGUUGGAAGCUGAAAGAGCCGCCAAAAGGUCAAAGUUUAAGGCCGGCAGGGCAGUCGAAGAAUCUGGAUCACAAGCAGCAGCGGCAACACAGGAGACAACUAUCCCAAAUCAUGUGGCAUCCUGA